AUGUCAGACCAGGGUUACGGCUUGACUCUCUCCGCCGCGCCCCCCCUGCGUCGAGGAAGCACCCCUCUGCCAAUCAAGCACCAGCUGAGGCGGGAGGAGGCCGUGUCCGAGGACUAUGACUGGCCGCCGGGCCUGGACGAGCCAGCGGCGCCGCUGGUCAGUGUCAGCAAGGCCCGGGAAGGGCCCCCGGCGUCACCGUUACUGCCAGUGCCGGCGCCGCCUGCUGCGGAGCGCUACCACGGGCCCCUGCGCAUCGUGCUGCUGGGCCAGAACGGCGUGGGCAAGUCCUCACUGGCAUUGCUGCUGGCUGGGCAGUCGGACCGAUCCCUCUCCCUGGACUCGGAGACCUCCUGCGCUAGCGAGGGCUAUCAGCGGCGUGUGACAGUGGACGACGAGGACAGCACCAUCCUAAUUUAUGACAACUGGAAGCAGGACCUGUCAACGCUGCAGUGCGAGGUGUGCAUCCUCGUCUUCUCGCUGACGGACCGCCGCAGCUUCCACCGCACGUCCCAGCUCCGCCUGCUCCUCCGGGAGACACAGCCGCACACUCCCAUCAUGCUCGUGGGCAACAAGAGCGACCUUGUCCGCUCCCGGGAGAUCAGCACUGAGGAGGCCCAGUCGACCGCCCAUAUGCUGGACAGUUACUACCUGGAGCUGUCGGCCUCUCUGGACCACCGCACCCAGGAGCUGCUGGAGGGCGCGGUGCAGCUGGCGCGGGGCCACAGCCUGGGCCCCGAUUGGCCGGACGGCCCCGGGCCGGGCGGCGCCGCCGGAGGAGGAGGAGGCCGGCGGGAGAGCCUGACGAGCCGAGCCAAGCGCUUCCUCUCUGGCCUGGUCCCUCGCGGCGCGCACGGCCGCGAGCGGGAUCGGGACAGAGAGCGGGGAGAGAGGGACCUGAGCAGGCACCGGGCCAACCGCAUGAUGAGGCAGAAGUCCCGCUCCUGUCAUGACCUCAGCGCUCUGUGA